AUGUCCUGCUACAAUCACUCCAACCCCUCCACCUUCCUCCUAAUGGGCAUUCCGGGGCUGGAGGCCACCCACUUCUGGAUCGCCUUCCCGUUCUGUGCCAUGUACGUUGUGGCCCUGCUGGGGAACUUCACCCUCUUCUUUGUGAUCACGACGGAGCCGAGCCUGCACCUGCCCAUGUACUACUUCCUCUGCAUGCUUGCAGGCAUCGACCUGGUGCUUACCACAUCCACCGUGCCCAAGAUCCUGAGCAUCUUCUGGUUCCACUCCCAUGAAAUCGGCUUUGAGUGUUGCGUGGUCCAGAUGUUCUUCAUCCACAGCUUCUCUGCCAUGGAGUCGGGGGUGCUGCUGGCCAUGGCCUUUGACCGCUACGUCGCCAUCUGCAAGCCAUUGCGCUACAUCGCCAUCCUCACCAACGCCGUCGUCACCAAGAUCGGGUUGGCCGUCUUUGUGCGGGGCAUCAGUCUGUUGGCCCCCUUGACGUGCAUGGUCAGCCGUCUGCCCUACUGCGGGCCCAGGGUCAUCUCCCACUCCUACUGCGAGCACAUGGCAGUGGUGAAGCUGGCCUGCGGGGAUAUCACGCCCAACUAUGUCUACGGGAUAACGGCCGUGACCAUUAUGGUGGGCUCAGACUCCAUCUUCAUCGCCAUCUCCUACAUCCUGAUCCUCCAGGCUGUCCUGAGCCUGUCCUCCAGGGAUGCACGCCUGAAAUCCUUCAGCACCUGCGGCUCCCAUGUGUGCGUCAUCCUGGUCUUCUACACCCCAGCGCUGUUCUCCUUCUACACGCAGCGCUGGGGCCAGAACAUCCCUGCGCACAUCCACAUCCUGCUGGCAGACCUCUACCUCUUGGUGCCGCCCAUGCUGAACCCCAUCAUAUACGGCAUGAAGACCAAGCAGAUCAGGGGCCGGGUGCUGAGGCCAUUCUAUCCAGAGAGAUCCAGGCUGGGCUUUGGCCCCCACUAG